AUGGCGCACUGGAGCCCGUACGACAACAACGGCGGCACGAGCAUGGCGGUGGCGGGGAGCGACUUCGCGAUAGUGGCGGGGGACACGCGCCUGUCCACGGGCUACAGCAUCUACACGCGCUCCGCCUCCAAGAUCUUCCGCAUGUCCGCCCCGCCUCCCCGCUCCCCGCCCCUAUCGCUUCCCCGCCCCCCGACCUCUAUCGCUCACCUCCUUCUCCCCGUUCCUAUCGCUCCUCCGCCCACGUCGCCCUUAUCCUCCCUCUCUCUCUCCUCCCCUACCUUCCUCACCCCCCCUCUCCCCCUCACUCCCUGCUCGCCUGUUGGUCUGUUCCCACGCCUCUCCCCUUCCUUUCUCUGCCUCUGUUGCCUCUCUGCUUCCCUUCUCGCCCCCUUUGCCUCGCGCCUUCCUCCCAACACCUCAUACGCUGCACCCUUCCCCACCAACCUCCGUUGCACUGCGCAUUCCCCUUCCCCGGGGACUCCCACCCCACUUGCCCUGCGCCUCCCCUUUUCCUCCCCCAACCACCCCCACCCCUCUCGCGCGCCCGUGCCCCCAGCUCGGAUCGGUGUGUGCUGCUCGGACCGCUGUGUGCUGGUGAGCUCGGGCUUCCAGGCGGACCGCCGCAUGCUGCAGAAGGUGCUGCACCAACGCCACGAGGUGUACCAGCAGCAGCACAACGAGGAGAUGGGGUGUGAGGCGAUGGCACAGCUGCUAGCCAACACGCUCUACUACAAGCGCUUCUUCCCCUACUACACCUUCAAUGCCCUCGCCGGAUUGGAUGUUAACGGAGUGGGGUGUGUGUAUGGGUACGACGCAGUGGGGUCACACGAGCGUCUGGGGUACGUGGUGCACGGCACGGGGCAGCAGCUCGUGGUGCCCGUGCUCGACUCCCAGCUCAAAGCCGCCAACCCCCUCGUGCUGCCUCCCCAGCCGCUAGCAACGAAGCUAUCACAGGAGGAGGCGGUGGAUCUCAUCAAGGACACCUUCGCCUCUGCUGCAGAGCGCGACAUCUACACCGGCGACGCAUUGGAGAUUGUGGUGAUCGACAAGAAUGGUGUGCGGCGGGAGAUCAUGGACCUGCGCAAGGACUAG